GAAGGGAGUCUCACCCUAGCAACAGCAAGAUUAUAAACGAUGAGAGUUCUCAAUUUUAGCUAGGAAACCGUUUGACAAUUCAGACGUUUUGUUUACAUUUACAGUGAAAUCAAAUUAAAUGUGAGUUUUCCAUAAUUCCCGAAAUGGACAAACUGCAGGCAGAAGAUGCACGGUACUUGAAAAGGAAAGUAAAACGGGGGAGUUUGGAUGUCCACCCGACAGAGAAAGCCCUCGUUGUUCAGUAUGAGGUGGAGGCGACUAUCCUCGGCGAAAUGGGGGACCCGAUGGUUGGAGAACGCAAGGAGUGUCAGAAAAUCAUCCGCCUUAAAAGCUUAAACGCCAACACAGACAUCACCACCCUGGCUCGCAGGGUGGUGGAGGAAUGCAGGCUCAUUCAUCCAUCUAAACUUCCAGAGGUGGAACAACUGCUGUUCUACCUGCAGAACCGCAAGAAGCCAGACAAACAAGAGAAACAUUCGCCCAGAGACCUCACACCAUUUGAGGGGAUGGAGCUGGAUGAGGAGGCCAACAUCAACUGCAUAGAUGACUAUGUGGAGCUGCUGUAUGAAGACAUCCCAGAGAAGGUCAGGGGAGCCACCCUCAUUCUCCACCUCGCCCGCAACCCUGACAACCUGGAAGAGCUCCUGCAGAAUGAAACGGCCCUGGGAGCUCUGGCCAGAGUCCUGAGGGAGGACUGGAAACAGAGCGUUGACAUGGCAACUACCAUUAUCUACGUCUUCUUCUGCUUCUCCAGUUUCUCCCAGUUUCAUGGGCUAGUGACCCACUAUAAGAUCGGAGCCCUCUGUAUGAACAUCACUGAACACGAGCUGAAGAGGUACGACCUCUGGCAGGAUGAACUGCAGAAGAAGAAGAAGGCUUAUGAAGAGGACCCUGACAACCAGAAUGUGAAGAAGGAACAUGAGAAAGCCUUGAAGAAAUACCAGGGCCUCCUGAGCAAGCAGGAGCAGCUUCUACGAGUGGCUCUGUACCUGUUGUUAAACCUGGCUGAGGACACACGCACAGAGCUGAAAAUGAGGAACAAGAACAUCGUCCACAUGCUGGUGAAGACCCUGGACCGGGAGGACGAGGAGCUACUGGUGCUCGUGGUCUCCUUCCUCAAGAAACUCAGCAUCUUCCUGGAGAACAAGAACGACAUGGCAGAGACUCAUGCGGUGGAGAAACUGGCCAGGCUGCUGGCCUGUCAUCAUGAGAACCUACUGAACACUACCCUGCGUCUGCUCCUCAACCUCUCCUUUGACACAGGCCUCCGCAGCCAGAUGGUUCAGGCUGGACUCAUCCACAAACUCUCCUUAAUGCUAGCUGACGAGAAGCAGGGACAGCUGUGUAUGUGCAUUCUGUACCACAUCAGUGUGGAUGACCGAUUCAAGUCCAUGUUUGCCUACACAAACUGCAUACCACAGUUGAUGAAGAUGCUGUUUGAGUGUGGUGAGAGCCACAUGGAACCUGAGCUCAUCUCCUUCUGCAUCAACCUGGCUGCCAACAAGAGGAACGCACAGGUCAUCUGUGAAGGUAAUGGUCUGAAGAUGCUGAUGAAGAGGGGUCUGAAGUUAAAGGAUGUUCUUAUCAUGAAGAUGAUCAGGAACUUGUCACAACAUGACGGGCCCACCAAGAACCUCUUCAUAGACUAUGUGGGUGACCUAGCGGCUCAGAUGGGAGCGGAGGAGAGGGAGGAGUAUGUGAUAGAGUGUCUGGGGACUCUGGCUAACCUCACCAUCCCUGACCUGGACUGGGAACUGGUGCUGAAGGAGUACAACCUGGUGCCCUACCUCAAAGACCACCUCAAACCAGGCUCGGCAGAGGAUGACCUGAUCCUAGAGGUGGUGAUCAUGAUAGGGACGGUGUCCAUGGAUGACUCCUGUGCUGCCACGAUGGCCAAGUCUGGCAUCAUCCCUGCUCUCAUCGACCUGCUCAACGCCCAACAGGAGGAUGAUGAGUUUGUGUGUCAGAUUGUCUAUGUGUUGUACCAGAUGGUGGUCCACCAGGCCACCAGGGACGUCAUCAUCAAGGACACACAGGCUCCUGCCUACCUCAUUGACCUGAUGCACGACAAGAACGCUGAGAUACGGAAAGUCUGUAACAACACCCUGGACAUCAUCGCUGAGUAUGAUAAGGAGUGUGAGAGAAAGAUCCAGAGUGAGAAGUUCCGCUGGCACAACUCCCAGUGGUUAGAGAUGGUGGAGAACAGAGCCAUGGGAGACGACGGAGAACCCUUCAUGUUUGGAGACGAUGGGGAAGCAUUCAUGCACAACGGAGACAUUCUGGAGAGACCCGACCUCUUCUACACCGCAGAUGGGAUCAUCCCAGCAGAUGGUACCAUCAGCCCAGAGUUCUUCACAGACUACCAGAACGGAGACAUUGGCCAGGCUGGAGGCUUUCCCGGCAGUAUGAAUCCGGAUAUGUUUGGGCAGUCGACAGUGACCCCUGGACAGCGCCCUGCCACGACCUACGGCACCCGGCCAGACGAGCAGUUCUUCUACAG